UAUCAUAUCAAAUGAAGAUAAACAAACGUUUCGGAUUAUAUUCACGUUUAAAUUCACUGUUUAUUUAUAAUCAAAUAAAGUUAUUGUGUACUAUAAAAUGGAUGGCUAUUUUUCUCUGGCACGUUUAUUGCUAAUUUUGACUUUGCUCGUGUCAGUUGUGACGUCAGAUGACGUUAUCGUGGAAACCUCAUACGGAAAAUUGCGCGGGACGUUAACAAAUGGCGUCAACGCGUUUCUGGGAAUACCGUACGCCAAGCCACCAAUUGGAAAACUCAGGUGGCAGCGCCCUCAGCCGCCGCUCCCAUGGCGCCCCAGUAUCCUGAACGCUACGUCGCUCCAACCCGGAUGUCCGCAACACGGCUGCCUUAGCACCAAUCCUGCCAUGGUGUGUCCCAAACAGUUCUCGGAGAGUUGCCUGUUUAUGAACAUCUGGAGCCCGCAGAACGCCACGUCACUUCCGGUGAUGGUCUACAUCCACGGCGGCAACUUCGUUCACCUGAGCGCCAGCAGCCCUAUCUACCAGGGAGCGGACUUCGCCCGGAAAGGCUCCGUGGUCUUGGUGACCUUUGAUUAUAGGCUAGGUGUUCUGGGCUUCCUGUACACCGGUACCGCGCCGGAAGAUGCCGAGGGUAACUACGGAAUUCGCGAUCAGCGGCUCGCACUGACAUGGGUACAGCAGAACAUCAAGUACUUUGGAGGCGAUCCGACACGGGUCACGUUAUUCGGACAGAGCGCCGGCGGUCAGUCGAUCCCCAUUCAUAUGAUGUCCUCGGACGCGCGAUCUCUCUUCCGGAGUGUCAUUAUAGAGAGCGCGCCGUUUGACAUCCCCUUCAAAUCACCCACGGAGGCUCUGUACCUCGCCGGCACCAUCGUCGCCUAUCUCAACUGCACCGACACACAGGACGACUAUAUGACGUGCCUGCGCUCGAAGACCGCCGACGAAAUCGCCGACGCGCAGCUCAAAUCGCGCGCAAAGCCGACGUCGUUGAAAAUCCUCGAAUUCUUCGAGCCGUUAGGACCGUUCGUUGACGGCGACAUAGUUCCCAUGGAGCCGAUUGCGGCCAUCUAUAAGAACAAGCUACAAAUCAUGCCGGUGAUGAUUGGGACCGUGUCGGAAGAGGCGAGAAUAUUCGUGUACGAGGCUUGGGGAAAGCCCGUGUCGUUCGAGGAAUACGUGGCCGUACUGUUCGCUACGUACCCGCGUCACGUGUCCGACAUGCUGGCACAGUACCCCGGGACGGUUCCGGACAACAGGGAUGAACUGACCAGUCUGGGCACGGAUUUCAUCUUCACGUGCGCCACCCGCAACAUGAGCCGCGUCCUCGUGCAGCACAUGACGCCCGUGCACGUGUACGUGUUCGACCACGCGUUCUCGUUCCCGGGCUGGGGAAACUUCACCUACUGCGAGGGGCACGUGUGUCACGGGGAGGAGAUAGCGUUCGUCUUCCACUCGGCGGACCGCUCGGGAUUCAACUUCACUCCGGACGAGGAGACGCUCUCCGCCUCCAUGAUAGCCUACUGGACGAACUUCGCGUACACGGGGGAUCCGAACACGGGUCUGCAUAAGGUGCCCCUCGCGUGGCCGAAAUACGACGACAGCUAUCGCGAAAUGCUGCUGAAGACCCCGCAAAACUCGAUAACAACGAAUUAUCUUAAAGAUACGUGUGACUUUUGGGAUACGUUGGGAUACUCAGCUUAAAACGAAAAUUGUGUUUGUUAUAGCAAUUGAAUAUGCUCGCUUGUUUAUUGUUAUUUAUUUAUUUAGUAAUUCUGAUAUUCACAACUAUUCACGUAGAAUCGUGCGUGAAAUCAGGUUUCGAUCGAUCUUAUGUUAAAAAGAAACUAUGGCCAGUUAAUAUGUGUGUACUAUUGAAUAAAGAAAUGUAUAGAGAUUAA